AUGCGUCAUCAAGAAGAGCUUAUUACAAAUCGUCCCGACAGCUCUCUUCACCUCUCCACAGUUCUAGAGGAUUCACAGAAACGAAGACUCCCAAAAUGGCUACUGAAUAUAUUUGGCAGUGAUUUUGGUGCCAGCGAACUCUCUAAGAAGUUCAACAGUUUACAAAUUCAGGAAAGAGAUAGAAUCAAUCAGGCUAUGAGCCGAAGCAUGCAUCCUGAGACAUCUAAUAAUGCAAACUCUGAUACUCCCAUUCUUGCGGCCGGAGUGGAACUUGGUAGGAAAAACAGGUACAAGGAUAUCUUUCCGUACGAACAUGCAAGAGUGAAGAUUCAAAAAUAUGAUAAACAAGACAGAGAGCUGGACAGAGAAAGCUCGUACAUUAAUGCGUCGUAUUUGAGGUAUCCGUUGAGUGAAUUCAACUAUAUCGCCACUCAGGGACCCUUAGAAGAUACUAUUGGUGAUUUUUGGAGAGUGAUAUGUGAUCACAAGGUUCCAAUAGUAUUUUCAUUGACAGCUGAAAAAGAAAAUGAGGUGGAAAAAUGUGCUCCAUACUGGAAGGCAGGAACCUAUGUCUCGAAUGGAAUUGAAGUUAAAGUAAAACUUAUUGAGAGCAUGGACAAGUUUGAACUCAUGGAAGGCUGUGAGGGAGAUACCGUCGUAAGAAGGUUUCAGGUACAACUUGGAGACAAACCACCUCAUAAAGUAUUGCAAGUCCAUCUACUGUCGUGGGCUGACUAUGGUGCUACAGUGAAAUCCGAGGAGUUGCUCUGUUUGGUAUCACUAAAGCGAUUCAUAUUAAAGGAAACUGGUACGGAGAAGGCUCCAGUACUGGUUCAUUGCUCUGCAGGGUGUGGACGUACAGGUUGUUUCUGUACUAUAGACACAUGUGUUGACGUAUUUCUGUUUGGACAAGUGUCCCAGGAAAGAGACUUAGUGUAUGAUAUCAUCUCUAACUUUCGGUCGCAGCGUGUCUCUAUGGUGCAGAACUUGAGACAAUACAUUCUCAUCUACGAUACGAUUUUGACUUUCAAAAAAUCUCAAUUGAAAUGGAAAAAGGAAGUAAAUAACAUCGACGGCUUAUAUGAUUGGGAAACCAAUAGUCGCUAUGGUAUACUUGGGAAUUUUGUGAGGAGCUAUAAUGAAACGGCAAAAUAA